AAUGACGGAUGCACCAUACUACUUUACUCAGCUGCUGAAUAUUGCGGAGAAAACAUAUAUAUCGUAUUUGAGGUAGUCCACUUGUUCAUCGAUUUGUACUCGCAAGGAAGGAAAUAUAAUACCCGUGUCGUUGUCGCCAUGGCUACGCAGCUCGUACCGCUUCCAGAAGUCGAGAGACUGAGCACAACAGUUAUCAGAAUACUAGCUGGAAAUCCAGGCAAAUUUACACUACAAGUCGGGCUCGGCCCUCGACGGAUUCUCAUCGAUACCGGGGAAGGUCUCCCUCGCUGGGCUACUUUACUCCAAUCAGUCCUCAAAGAAGAAAAUGCAGUUGUCCACGAAGCGCUGCUCACACAUUGGCAUCAUGAUCAUGUUAACGGCGUACCGGAUCUGCUAAAGAUUUGUCCACAGGCUACUGUCUACAAACAUCAGCCGACAGAAGGGCAGACGGAUAUUCAGGAUGGGCAGGUAUUCAAGGUUGAUGGUGCGACGCUGAAGGCGUUCCAUACACCAGGGCACACAGAAGAUCAUAUGAGUUUUAUCUUUGAGGAGGAAGGCGCUAUUUUUACUGGUGACAAUGUUCUAGGCCACGGAACCGCGGUCUUCGAGGACCUCAGCACCUAUCUCUCCAGUCUAAAGAAAAUGAAAGACUCGGUCUCAGGCCGGGCAUACCCCGGUCAUGGCGCCAUAAUCAAUGACGCCAGCACAAAGAUAACGGACUAUAUUAACCACCGUCAACAACGGGAAAACGAGGUUUUGCGAGUCCUCAAAUUCGGGAGCGUGGACGCGAAAGCAGCCGAUACUACGACACCUUCUCCCGAACGAUUAUCGCGUUGGACACCUAUGCAGCUGGUUAAGGUGAUUUAUAAAGAUGUGCCUGAGAGUUUGCAUCUGCCCGCAUCGCAUGGGGUGAUUCAAGUACUGGAUAAAUUGGAAGCCGAGGGUAAGGUUGAGCAUGAUCGGGUUUCUGGAGGAUGGCAGCUUAUUGCACAAAGGCCUACCUUGUGAGAACUAUUAUUAUUUCCUGCAAGAGAAUUCUUCUUGCCACUUUCUUGUUUUUCCGUCAUGUGGCUUGCAAGGGUAGGGUAGUUAUCGUACGUACUACACUACGUACAUAUAGAGGUAAGUUAACUUAUGGGUUCUCCAUGUCAGAGCUCCGAGAGACCGAAGGAAUAUCGUGAUAGGCCUUUAGUCUUACACGUAUCGAGCCACGAGUAAGAUUCCGCGGCGUGGUCUCAUGUCCGGUUUCUCUUUUAACAUUCGUCUAGU